GUGUGUUAAUGAUAGGCAUGAGGGGCGGGGAAGUAGGAGGGUAAUCACAUUGCUUAACUUUGAAGGAGGUUGAACCGCGAAUGGUCUUUAAAAAGCGGAGUGUGUGGGAGUGUGUGUCUGCCGUGAAUCAGUAGAGUUCAUUGAACCGUCGCGAAGAGACGUUUCCGCCCACAAGAAAGAUGGCGGCUCCCUUGUUGGAGAAUCUGUCGGAGUCCUUAGGUUCCCCGGAGCCAGCGGUUCGACUCAUUUUAUCUAUUUUAAUCGGGUAUCCCUGUGCUCUGGUGUAUCGGCGAUUCUUGUUCUACCAGCCUGCCACAGUUAUACACUUGUUCCACGCAUUCUCUGGACUGGCUCUAGCAGCAUUCAACUUUGCAGGCUCUCAGAUAUAUCACUCCGCAGUAUGCAUUCUUGUCCAAUUCUUGAUGCUGAGGCUCAUGGGACGGACGGUAACCACUGUCCUGAGCAGCUUUACCUUUCAAAUGGUAUACCUGCUGGCAGGGUAUUACUACACAGCGACAGAGGAGUAUGACAUCAAAUGGACCAUGCCUCAUUGUGUCCUCACACUCAAACUUGUUGGUUUGUCAUUUGAUUACUAUGAUGGCGGGAAGGAACCAUCCCAGCUGAGUUUAGAGCAGAAGAACGCUGCCCUGCCGUCGGUGCCCUCUCUGCUUGAAGUGUGCGGCUUUUCCUACUUCUAUGGAGGCUUCCUGGUGGGGCCCCAGUUCACGCUGCGCAGCUACCAGAGGCUAGUGGCAGGGCAGCUCACCGACUGCCCUGGAAAGCCUCCUAACAGUGUUAUACCCGCUAUGAAGAGGUUUGCUCUGGGUUUUCUCUGCCUGGUGAUAUAUGCAAUAUUUAGUCCCUAUUACACAGACAGCUAUUUCUUAACAGAUGAGUAUGAGGCUCAGCCCUUCUGGUAUCGCUGUGUGUUUAUUUUGCUUUGGGCUAAAGUCAUCUUAUAUAAAUAUGUCAGCUGUUGGGUUAUAGCGGAGGGUGUAUGUAUCUUAUCUGGACUGGGCUACAAUGGUGUAGUGGAUGGUGAGCACCAGUGGAACGCCUGUACCAAUAUGAAGGUGUGGGUCUUUGAAACCACGCCGCUUUUUACAGGAACCAUCUCUUCCUUCAACAUCAACACAAACGCCUGGGCCGCCAGAAAUGUCUUCAAACGGUUGAAGUUCCUGGGAAAUAAGACCCUGUCUCAUGUGACCACACUCUUCUUUCUGACUAUUUGGCAUGGUCUUCACUCUGGAUACAUCCUGUGCUUCUCCAUGGAGUUCUUCAUCAUUACUGUAGAGAGACAGGCCCUGGCACUCGUGAGGGACAGUCCCUUGCUCACAAAGCUGGCCAACAGCGCACUCUACCCCCUCAUCUAUGUAGUCCAGCAGUUUUUCCACUGGCUCUUCAUGGGCUACCCCCUAGUGCCAUUCUGCCUCUUCACCUAUGACAAAUGGCUCAAGGUGUAUUCGUCCGUCUACUUCUGUGGUCACGUAUUCUUCCUCGUAUGUUUUUUAAUCAUGCCAUACCUCCGUAAGGCGCUGGUGCCUAAGAAAGAACGGAGCCAGACAAAACAGGAUUAAAACUUGGUACUAAGACACGGCAUGGUCCGUCUAAGGCUAAAUAUCUACUAAAGGGAACUAUGACGUUCAAGGAGCAGAAUGGAAAAUAUUUUAAGGCCUUUAGUAAUAUAUAUAUAUGUCCAUGUAAAAAUAAAUUUCUAUAUAUUUUUUUUGUUUAAAUUGGUAAAGCUUGAUUUAUGGUCCACGCAGAGUUUUCGCCGUAGCCUACGUAAGUGGCCUGAAGUUUAUACUUGUGCUGUAGCACGAAAACUUCAACCUCUCCUUGAUUUCAUGUUGUUUAUGAAGAAGGAGAAUCAGGAAAUGUAUAGGGGGAAAUAAAAACGCUACCAAGCCACGGCCCGAGCGACGUGUAGUUACAUUUUUCGGGAGGUGCGCGUCAGGCUACGGUGUAGGGUCCAGCGUAGGUCCGUGUCUCCACGUACCUAUGUACGUCACCACGGCGUAGAUUUGACGCAGAAGCAUAAAUCACGCUUAAGGGUGUUUUUUUUAAUAAAAAACAAUUGGAGAAAUGUUUACAGGAAAUGACCAUCGUGCCACAUUGGGUAAUUGUGAGCCAAUCAGGGGCGAUUUCCUGUUUUCUCUUUUGUUUUUUUGUAAAGAAAUGUUGGACUUGUAGAACUUGAAUGCUCAAGGGUCAACAAAAUUGCACUCACCAGUCACAGGUUCCAAGUCUGUCAUUGGCUCUGAUGUUUUUGUAUGUUGUUUUUCAUCCCGUUCUUUCACAUCUACCGUCAUCAUUUAGCAGCAGCAGAAAGACUUCACAGGAUGUUUAAGCACAGCGUGAGCGUAUCUGGCACUUUCUAAUAUAAUUAUACAAAAACGCUUUCUGCAAAAGACUGAUUCUGACAAUGAUAAUAAUAAUAAUAAUAAGGGGGGGUUUGUUCUUGAAAAUGGCUGCCAGUGGUUAUACAAGCACUGAAAAUCAAACACUGUACACUAAUCCCCAACUCAAAAAGGCCUUGUAUCAAUGAAUGUGUUUACAGUCCAUUUAAUUUGGUUUAGAUUUGUGAUGGGGAUAAAAUACUUGUUUUUAUAGAGUUCUAACCGCUUUUAUUUAAAAGAACAUUUUGUAGCUUUGGGAUAAGAUUUCAUGAAAUAAUUUGAAUUGUUCUCCUGUUUUCUGCUUUCUUUAUUGCCAUGUUUCCUCACCUCCCUCUGUUCAGUCUACUACACCUAUGUUUGCUUUGAUUUAAGUCUGACCCUCAGCUCUGAAAUGUACAGAAAGUGAAUAGUUUAGGAAGGAGACACACACUGCCCAAACUACAGUUUAUCACUUUGGUUCAUACAUACUAUAUCUCCACAAAUAGGAUGUUUUUGUAUUGAGGAAUUGUCUCAUUUUUUAACUGGAAGCAAAAUAAACA